CGUUUCCAGUUCCAAGAAGCUCACAACAAGACAUAGAUUUCCCUUUUCCCGCUUCUUUUCCUCAUUUGCAGAAAUUUACUCGAAAACUGACCAUUUUCCCCCCUCUCACCCUACGAGUAUUACUCUGCCAGUCCACUUUUCUCUUCGCUUCUUUCAACUGUCGUUCAAAGUCGCCGAGCAAAAUCGAAAAUCCAGCGCACUUUAAUUAUCCGCUGAAAAGGUUUGUUUGGUUGGAGGGAGAGAACAAAAUCAGAGAAAAAACAGCUAAAAGCUUGGCAUCUCACGAGGAAAUAGAGAGAUCUCCUAAGAUUAUAUCUCGAACGGAGUUGAACCAUGAAUUUGAAAUUUGUAUUUUCUCAAUUGCUCACCCUACAAGUUGCUUCUAGUAGCAGUGUCUGAAUUGUGCAUUUCAAGAGAAAAUUGUGAGAAUGGCAGUAGACGUGAGGCAAAGCUUACGAGAAGAUCAGAUGAGUGACUGUCGAAGUUUUGGCAGCAAUUUUCAUCCAUCCAGCCAAUCUAGAAAGAUUUCGAUAGGAGUUAUGGUAGAUUAUUUAGCUAAGAGAAAACCUGGAUGCACCAAGGAAGAUCAGGAUAAACGGGCGAAUGCAGAAAGAAUCAAACCUAGCAUUGGAAUUUCCUUAGAGGGAAAAAACAAAGGGGACGCUGUCACAACUUCUGAGGGGAAGCAAACUGAAGAUGCUGGGCAGGUGAAAUCUCCAUGGAUUACUCCCAGAUCCUUGCAUAGAAAGGCUCUUGCUCCAGAGACUGCCUCUUUACGGGAAGAAUCUUCCAACCCAAGACAGACAAAACUUAAUACAGCGGAGGAUGUGCCAGAAACAUAUUCAGCUCCUUGUUCUCCAAACCAAAACUUUAAUGCACAUAAUGUUGGUAGCAAGCAGAAUAAAUUUGGCCUCAUUAAUGGCUUUGCCUACCAAAGGAAAGUCUGGAAGGAUGGCAACUCACAGAGGGUGGAGGAGUUAAAUUUUGCAAAUGCAUCGAAAGGUAAAGUGGAGUUAAAGCACAAGGCAGGUAAAACUCAAAACAUACAAACUGAAACUUUGAAACAGAAGCUGCAGGAGCUGUUUGGCACUGUUUCUUCACCAAAAAGUCUGCAAUCUAGUUUACAGUCUCAUAAGGUCACUGCCAAUAAUUCAAAACAAGAGAGAAGUGCUGAUCAUGUGGUGGACACAGCUGUAAAGCCGAGACAAAAUUCAGUUACUGUAGCAAUUGUUUCAGACAAUCCUAAUAAGACUGUUAAGAGGCCAGUAACCUGUCCCUUGAUCCAAAAGCGAUCUCCCGCAAAAGUGAAGUUUGCCAACACUAAAAUUGGGUUAUCCUCCAAGCAGAAACAUGGAGAUAACAUCUUCUCUUUUGGUGAAGGAAGAUCUGCAAAGCUAGAUGGUACUGUCAAUGGUGGUUCAUUGUUGCCCCGGAAAAGAAAACCUGCAAAGAAAAGUUCUAAAAUUGAUCCACACCAGGUCUGUUUUCCUGAAGAAAACGCUGCAGAUGAGAUUAAGCAAACAACAUAUAGGACUGAAACUCCACCGCCUGCAAAGCUAGCUGGUACUGUCAAUGGUGGUUCAUUGUUGCCCCAGAAAAAGGGAACUGAGAAGAAAAGUUCUAAAAUUGAUCCACAUCAGUUCUGUUUUCCUGAAGAAAACAAUGCAGAUGAGAUUAAGCAAACAACAUGUAGGAGUGAAACUCCACUUCCUGCAGAGAAGACUUCUAUACUUGGUAAUAAGAUCGAAAGCCUUCCUGACUCCUAUAGUGAGAAGGGGAGGGAAAACUUUGAGAAGGUUCAAGAAAAGGACACUUUUCAUUCUCCAUUGACCAAUGAGACACACCGGCAGAGUAAUUUUGACAAUCCACCAUCACCAGAAAAAGGGGAUAAACAAGAAGAUAAGGGAAAUACAUCCUUGAGGAAUUUUGUACAAACACAAGAUGAUUUCCAAAGUCCAACUUUUGGAUUCAUAACACCUAUUCUAAAUACUUCUGCGAGCCCAACACCAAAAACUGUUGAGAUAGAGCAAGGUACUUGCAGUCCUGUACCCUUUGAGAGAGGACUUACCAUUGGAAAUUUUAGGAGCUUCAGGACUUUCAAAACUUCUGGACCUUUUAGCACUAAAUCCAAUGCAGAAGCUCAGUCACCUGAAGAUACAGUGAAGUAUACUAAUUCUUCCCUCAGGGAGCCAAUGCCUGGUAAGGAAACAAUUGAUGCAGUAAAUGAGCAUUCUGAAUCAUCAUCGACAUCAGAACAGCAGUGGUCAGGGAACUUUGAAGAAGGAUCACCCAUUAUUAAAAACUAUGAUUGUCACAGAGAAAAUCUGAUCUCACCAGAGACUGUUAUUUCUGACAAACCAAAUUUCGUGCAUUGCCCAAUCAAACGGCUUCGAAAUGAAGAUGUCAAACUUAGUCAAUUCAGUCCCACCUCAUCCUCCCCAAAAGAAGGGGGAGGAAUUGGAGAAAGCUAUUGGUUCCAGGAACACUUGGAACAAGACCAAGAAGAUGAAUUGACAAGGGCUAUUACAUUGUUACCUUUGGCUUUAGAAACAUUUAAACGCAAAAUAGACUCAUCUACUACAAAGAAAUCCACUGAAAUUUUGAUGUCCAUUUCUGAGAAGAUGAAGUCAAUGUUGCUGAAUGCUGAGGCUCAGAUUGAAUCUGAUGUAGGGAAAUUGACUAGUCUCAGUAAAACAAAAAGGAAACGCCUGGAAACAAGAUUGCAAGAGCAACAAGAACUAUUGAAGCUGAUACUUGAAAAGUUCAAGGAGGAUAUUCAUCGUCAUCUGUUGGAUUGCAGUAGUAUCCUUGAAGGGAUGGAAGCUCACCAAAAUGAACUAAAGGGAAUCAUGAAGAAACAAAAAGUGUCACACCAGAAGCUUCUCAUGCAUGCGGAAGAAACAGCUAAAAUCAAACUCAGUAAUGCUGAAAAAAGAAUCAAAGCUGUCCGUGAGUCGGCGAGGGAAAAGAUGCUCCAGCUGAAACAUGUAAUAGCUGAGUGCUUGAACGGUAUAUGCUAAACUGAGAGGCCUGAAGAUUGACUUGACAUCCUAUGACAUAAGAAGUUUGACUUGGAAAAUUUUGCAUGUCCAUAUAUUUUCCUAAUACCUUACUCUACUUUAGCUCCUUGAUUAUUCACUUUAGUUUACCCAAUAGAAUUAGAACCUUAUCUGUAAUAGUGGACAAUCACUUUUUGUUUGCGUGGACUGUACUUCCGUUCUUGAUGCCUAUGGUGCUGGAGUAGUGAUAGAUUUUUAUUCUUUUAGAUAAAAAAUGUAAAGAAUCUCUGUGACUACGGAUAAUUAGAUUUAUGGCCCGCAAUGAUGAGACUUUUCCUCCCAAGCAUUUUUAUAGGAUUUUGAAUGCAGAAAGCAUUUUGGAGAUUCCAAUAUUGAUUAUAAGUACAUUAUAUCUGUAGUAACUCUUUUGUUGGCUUUUAUCUGCGAACUGA